ACAAAAAUUCCCUACAAAUUUUCCACUGUUAACAGAACCUUAUAAAGUUUAUAAUAUAAACUGAAGACAUAAAACUUCAUAAGACCUCCCAAAAUGUCUUGCUUUAAAGAUGGAAAAUACUACGCCCUCAUAUCUUCUCCCAGUGGGGAUACGAAGAUUCUGAUGGGCCUUACAGAGCCAGAGGUCAUGUUUUACAAUAUUCGUACCAGCGCCAAAAAUUUUGGAAUCAAAGGCGGAUAUUUAUUGAGUGCUGAGUAUAAUGCAAUCCUCGCAAACGAAAUUGCAAUUCGCCAUGCGCUGAUGGAAAACCAUACGAUUAUAGUGGCGGAAUCCGCGAACCAAUGCACAAUCAGAGAGAAAAGUAUGGACUCUGACUUGGAACUCACUACUGAUGAGAGGAAGGCGUUCAAGCUGUUUCUGAAGGCGUUUGUGAAGGGGGAAGUCAUUUCGAAGGCCCCCCAAGCAGCACAGUUAGUGUCUGAAACCGAAUUGGAAUGAAAUUCCCAGAAUAUUAAUAACAAUAAAAGAGAAGAUUGUUAAAAAAAAUA